GGAAGUUGGAGGUCGGAAGAUUGUGUGUGUAGUAUAUGAUUAAAAAAGCGUGCUGUCACCAGAUGGAUAAGAUAUAAUGUAGUGGCUUCAUUUUAUUGUAACUGAUAAUCAAUAACCAACGGUUUAAUACAAUAUAUGUUCGAUCUUUGUGUUGCAUACAUUUAUACAUGUACCACGAGGACGCAACUUCAUCGGGGAAUGCGGAGUGCACUUUGUAACAGGGAUUGAAGGCUGCACUACGUUCCAGUAAUUGGGAAACAUUGCACACAAUGGUUUGGUAUCAAACUCGAAAAACAGUCAUCUCCAUGAGCGUCAUCGUGGGCUUCCUGUUGAUUAAGUACACUUCCUUAUUUCUUGUCAGUGAUGUCGGAGCAAGUUUUAAAUACAACGUAAAGUAUUUUGCCGUGCGGAAUGACACAGUAAAACUUCCAGUACCUCUAUCCCCUACAACGAUGGAAGCAAAAACAGUCAAUAUGAAAGAAUUUAGCACACGGAAUGCCUCAGUCAAUUCUUUAAAAACGCCACUUAUUCCAACGACGAAAACAAAUGUAGUCUUCUCCGAAAUUUGGAAGAAACUGACAAAACCGCAUCCGCACAGCUCUUAUCCCGAAUCCGUUGAUAAACAUUAUUCUCAGGCGAAACAGGACAAGGCAGCAUAUGAUAUAUUCCCUAAGAAGAAUGGAUUUUUCAUCGAAAUGGGAGCUUACGAUGGAAAAGUACAUUCGAAUACAUUAUGGUUAGAGAGGAAACACAACUGGACCGGCCUCCUUAUAGAAGGAAACCCUCUUUCUUGUCCCUUAAUAGACCGUGUGAAACGUCAUGCCUGGCGCCUGUGUGCAUGUGUGUCUAGUGAAAAUGAAACAAUAUUUAUCAUAGGAAGUGAAUUAGGUGGUUCUGAAAAAAAUAUGCCAAAUAGUCAUAAAGUUCAUUUGCGGUCAAACAAAAGGACUAAAGUUCCAUGUUUUCAGUUAUAUAACGUUUUACAAAUUGUGGGUGUUUUUCAUAUAAAUUAUUUUUCUUUGGAUGUCGAAGGAGGAGAAAUACCAGUGCUUAACAGCAUGAGAGAACAACUGAUUUCGAAACAAAUCAUUGUUGAUGUUUGGACCAUUGAAUAUCGAGCGUGGGCGGGGCCGAGGUUUGAUUGGCCAAAGGGAAUGGAGAAUCUGGCCAAUCUAAGAGCUUUUUUCAAGGAGAUUGGAGGUUACGUUGAACAUUCGCAGUUGGCGUACGAGACUCAUAAGCUACAGGACGGUCACUAUCUUGAUGUUGUGUUUGUAUAUAUAGAUACAUGGUGUAAAACCCAUCAACUUUUGCCAGACGGUAAAACAAAGUGUUAAUCAACAAACAGAUAUAGAUCGUAUUUUCAAGUUUUCUGUAUUCUGUUUUGUACUUUUGGGGCUUCAUUUUAUUUUCAAUCAUAUGGAGACGUCACCAUCACCGGUGAAGGGCUGUAAAUUUAGGCCUACGCUCGACGCUUACGGCCUUUGAGCAAGGAAGGAUCUUUAUCGUUCCACACCUGCUGUGACAAGGGGCCUCGAUUUUUGCGGUCUAAUCCGAAGGACCGCCAUUUAGUCGCAUCUUACGACAAGCAAGGGGUAUACUGAGGACCUAUUCUAGCCCGGAUCCCCACGGGACUAGGUGCUCUCAUUCCAACACCAGCUAUUGGUAACUUAAACAAACUGGUUGCAUCGUAAAUAAGAGGGAACCAGCUAUCUAUUCAAAGUGGGGUUAUUUAUCCCAUUGUAUUACUUACUAAUUAGCAUAAACACAUCUGUACAUACAUUUUGCUUGUGAAUUUUGUGAUUCAUUACACAUUUAGAAUUAUUGUUGAUUUUAUUUUACUAUUAUUACUUUAUUGCCCAAAGGGUAAAUAUGAUGGGAUGAUAUAGUGUUUGAGAGGGAGAUAUGGAAUUUUAUCAUCCCUGACACGUGACUGUCUAGACCAAUCAGAUUAUGUGUUGCAUAGAAUUCUCAUACUGGGGUAUAACUAGUGUUACCAAAGUUAAGCCAUAUUUUAUGAAAAUGUCCGAAUCCGCUUAACGCUACUCCGUACUCUCAGUACUUUGAUUCUGUUUCAAAUUCCACGUAUGAUCUACUAUAGUUCUCGAUAUUUAUAUAUUUGCUAAAGUCCUUUGAUUUUGCAGUAACAAUUCAAUUUUCGUUGAAUAAAGACACAAGUUAAGUUGCUCUGAUCUAGUGGGAUUUUUCAUUAACAAGGCUUUUUAUCAUCCUCAUAUUUUUUACCCUUAAAAAAGAAUUCGGCCCACCAACUAGGUAAAUUUUCCUAGUUUCAAGUGCCCGAAAAUGUUUACUAGAAAAUUGUUUAUUAGAAAAUAUUUGCUAGAAAAUGUUUAUCAGAAAAUGCUUACAAGAAAAUGUUUACUCGACAAUCUUCAAUAGAAAAUGUUUACUAGACUGUCAUCAUUCUGCAUCUGGUUAUCUUUUUUUCACAAUCUUUGUUACUUUUUCUCAUUUGGAGUCGUUCAUUUUUGUACGUGGCGAAUAGCUGAUUUACUUUAGAUAUACGCUUGUAUAUUGUAUGUAUUUACAUUUUUGUAUCUACCGGUAUGCAUACAUGGAGUUAACGUUUGCAGACACACGACAAGCCCUUAUACAUUAUCUGAUUUUGUGUCUUCUGUAUAUUAAUAAAGGAGUAAAGAAACAUAUUUGAAAUGAA